UUUUAGCACCAGCCUAAGCACCAUCCCCAUAGGGCAUGCGCGAAGUAAAGGCCCAAGUGGGUCAUGCGACAUGCGUGCUUCCUUCUUUCACUUUUGAAAUGUACCAUUCAAACGAAAGGGUUGUAGAUUAAAGACUAAGUCAGUGUGUUGUACGUGGUGUUAGGAAAAGAAUGGCCAAUGCAAGUUUAACCAAAGUAAAUGACCAGUACUGGGCUUCAGUUCAGAACAAGGUUAAGGAUUGGAUUCAGAAAACCGAUGCAGCAGUAUUAGUUUUAUAUAUUCCACAGCCAACAAAGCGUAAUCCUAUCCCCACUUUAAAGUUUGAAGGGUCAAGGAAGCUGAAAGGGGUGAUUGAAUCUGAGGAAGUGAAGAGUGCCAUCAGCUUGGCAUGUACUGGUCCUCCCCCUCCAGUGAAAUCAAUUAAAGAUGAGAUGGCGAACAUCGUCAUUCAACCAUGGACAAUGCAGGUGAAGAGGUGCAUUAUCUCGAACUUGGUUAGGCAGUAUAUGGAAUUGAAGUAUGAUAGGAAGAGGGAUAUUUGGGGGUAUCCAUCCCUUAAACCAGAGUGGUGGCCAGAGGAAAUGGAGUACAUUUCCCCAAAUGAAAGACGGACUGUUGACAAACCAUUGAGUAAUAUUAAGAUGGAUCAGAUUCUUGAUUCAUACGUAGAGUGGAAGAAUUCAAAUGGUAGCAGUAGUAAGGAUUUUAAAGAAGGAAGUGGAGAGGUAUUGGAGGAGGUAAGUGGCAGUGAGGAAGUCAUUCCAGGUGCUUCAAAUGAAACACCUGGUAUGAAUUCUUCUCUGCCUACCUCUCCAACAUUGAGUGUUGGAGAGGGUUUCUUUUCAGGUGAUCCAGAAAGUAUGGAUGAGGAAAGAACUGAGUCUGAAAUGGAGAUGACACACGAGCCACCACAGUUAGAUGAAAAUGGAAUGGAAAGAACAGGAAAAAAAGAAAUGCUAAUAUCAGAGGAGGUAAGUGGCAGUGAGGAAGUCAUUCCAGGUGCUUCAAAUGAAACACCUGGUAUGAAUUCUUCUCUGCCUGCCUCUCCAACAUUGAGUGUUGGAGAGGGUUUCUUUUCAGGUGAUCCAGGGAGCAAGGAAAAUAAAGUAUAUCAGAUGGAGAUGGAUGAGGAAAAGACGGAUGUGUCAGAGAGGACAGACCUGGAGGAAACAGACGGUGACACAAAUGAAAAUGGCAGCACAGAAAACAUCGAUAUGCAAAGUCUGUUGAAAGUUGGCUGGGAUGAUGUUGCUUUAACUAAAUAUAUCCACAAGAUUUGGUCCCAAAAGAGAAAUGAUAGUGUUGAGCCAUUUCUGCUGUCAAAAACAUGUGGUGUGAGCAUUAACAACAAGUCACUCAUUAGUGUAAAAAGUUUGAUAACAGAUGAAAUAAUUGAUGCUUAUCUUGGGAUUAUUUGUGGUCUAAGCAACAAGUUCUUUUAUGUGCCGUGCAGUGUUAUAUCCAUGAUUUUUAAUCCUCGGCAUCAAAGCGAAGUUUCAGAUGUCCUUAAUGAGAACAAAGGAAAGGUGUUGCUGGCCAUUGUUAAUAGGAGAGAAAUUCACUGGAUUUUGCUGGUUAUUGAUCAACAGAACAAAUCUCUGGCAAUUAUCGAUCCAUUGGGGGAGACCAAAACAACAUGCCAGUUGAUUUUUAACUUGUGGAUGAAUUAUUUGAAACAAAGAGGACAUGAUGCUGUUGGGUGGAAAAUUGAUACAAUUCACCACUCGAAGCAACAGGACAGUGUUUCCUGCGGCGUUUAUUGUAUGAAAUUUGCAGAGUGAGUUGUACUAAAUAUAUCAUUACAUCUCGCAAGUCAGGAGGACACUGUCCAAGAAAUGAGGUGCAACAUUAUGAAGACCAUCAUAAAUAAUCAAGAUGAGGACACUAGGAAUUUCUGCAGACGUUGUUUCCGCCAUGAACCUCCAAACAGCAAAGUGAAAAGAAUCAAGUGGGUUCAAUGUGAUGGAUGUGCCAUUUCUUGGUAUCACACUGUGUGUAUGAAUUUGAAAAGAGUCAGAGAAUCAACUUUCGUUUUGUGUGAUGUUUGCAAAUUGUCUGAGUAGGUGUUGAAAUUGUCACUGAAAGAUGAGUGCAUUGAAUUUGUUUAACAUUAACGUAUUUUGCAGUAAUUAGCCACUUCACCUUUACAUUCCCUAUUUUUAUCUUUAUUUACAUGUAUAUUCUCUUGUGUGAGUGUAAAGUCGGAUGCGGUAAUUGGCCGCUCCACAAGUAGAUUACUUUUUUAUCCUUUUAUUUUGUGUUAGCUUAAAGUGAGAUGCGGUAAUUAGCUGCUUCACAAUUAUAUUCCCUUUUUUUUUCUUUAUUUACAUGUAUAUUCUCUUGUGCGAGUGUUAAGUCGGAUGUGGUAAUUGGCCGCUCCACAAGUAGAUUACUUUUUUCCUCUUUUUAUUUUGUGUGAGCUUUAAGUGAGAUGCGGUAAUUAGCCACUUCACCUUUACAUUCCCUUUUUUUAUCUUUAUUUACAUGUAUAUUCUCUUGUGUGAGUAUUAAGUUGUAUGUUUCAAAUGUACAUAACUUGUUUCUCAAUUUAUACUUUCAUGUGUGGCCUUUAUAUUUUAUAUCUUGUUUUAGUGUUUAGUAAGAUGGCAUUUGUAUUCUACCUUUAAACUGUCAAUAAUUUUCUCAGAAAAUUCUUAUGUGAAUGUAAUGUUAGAUAGUGUUACUUUUUGUCCUUUAUAUAUAUAUAGAUGCUUUGUUAAAUAUUGCGAUAUCUCUUUGAAUUGAUUAUGUUUUUGAAUUGUUAAAAUAUAUUAAUAAAAAAUUAUUUAGAUAGUUGCAAAA